AUGGCGACCGGUGUAAAAUUUACAAGUUUCGUGUCCUUACUCGUGGUUUUGUUGCCUGUAUGUGGCGUUUCUUUCGCUGAAGAAAGUCUUGGACUUGAAAUAAAAUGCGGAGAAGUCGAAGUGAGACUAACCGUGAAGCGACAGUUUUUCGAGGAGAGACGUAUUCCGUUCAAACCCGAGUAUCUUCGACUUGGAACUAACUCAACGCAGCAGAGGUCGUGCGGACCGAAGGGACCGAUGUCCGGGUCGGAAAUGGUCAUCUCCGCGGGCCUGCGAGAGUGCGGGACUGAGUCCAGUGUUCGUGGUGAGUGGCUUGUGUACUCCAACCAGCUGGUGCUGUUUCCAUCUGUGUUUCCCACCUCCACAGGCAGUGUGAUAGUUAGAGGGGCAACUACUGUCAUACCUGUUGAGUGCCAUUAUAAGAGGAAGGAGACUCUGAGUGGAGAACCAUUAAUCCCAACAUGGCUACCCAUGACAUCCACUGUUGGCGUCUUUGGUCUCCUGCACUUCUCUCUUCGCACCAUGGCAGAUGGAUGUAGGUCCUUGCGUAGUUCCUCAGCGUAUCAGCAGGGGGAAGCAGUGUUUUUAGAGGCCAGUGUGGAGGCCCCUCUGCACCCCCCUCUUACUCUCUAUGUGGACUACUGUGUCGCUACACUGAAGCCUGACCCGCUCUCCUUGCCAAGCUACAAGUUUAUUACUAAGCAUGGAUGUCUAAUAGACAGUUUAUUGCCGGGGUCUUCAUCCAAAUUCCUCCCGAGGGAGCAAGAUAGCAGACUAUGCUUCAGUGUCCAAGCCUUCCACUUCAACCAAGAGUCUGGGGAACAGAUGUUCAUCAGCUGUCACCUAAGGGCCACACUGAAGAAAAACUCACACAGCCACCUUGAUAAAGCCUGCUUCUUCCACAGGCCCACAUUCAGCUGGCGUGCUACAGAGGGAGACACAGCUCUGUGUGAGUGCUGUGACUCUCAUGACUGCUUUAGACAGACUGAGGAGGAGAGCAUGGACCACACUGGACACACACUUCAACCAGAUACAGAAAAGAAGCAUGAGACGGACGCAACAGUUGGCCCACUUCACACCCUGCCACGCUCCCAUUGGACAGGCCGUCUGUCAGUCAAUCACUAA